GGGAGUGUACGAAUAUAGUCGUAGCUGACAGUUGCACAGAUGUACCGAACCGUACCCACUUCGACGAAACUUCGGCCUUGGUUACGACGGAUAUGUGUUCUUACGGUGCCAGCGAGAGCAACAGCAUGACCGACAGCAGGAAAGAACAUUGUCAGCCGCCAUCUUUGCAGUCGGCUCAGAGCCUUGAGGACGCCACCAGUCCGGGCGUCGGUGAUAGCCUCAUGCAAAGUGGACAUAUGAAUGGUGACGAUGGUGGCGUGUCCAGCCCCAAACCUCGGAAGAUUCGACGAAGCCGCACCACAUUUACGACGUAUCAGCUACAUCAAUUGGAGCGGUCGUUCGAGAAGACGCAGUACCCGGAUGUGUUUACCAGAGAAGAACUGGCUAUGAGACUUGAUCUCAGUGAAGCUAGAGUACAGGUUUGGUUUCAAAAUAGACGCGCAAAAUGGCGUAAACGAGAAAAAGCGAUGGGUCGCGAGAGUCCAACAUUUUUAUCAAAUGAACACAUCCAAUCACUGCCAGACGUAAGCUCUCUAGCUGGAUCUACACAUUUCAACAGCACAGCAAGUGAUUCCUUCUGGCAAAACCGUUUCCCUCAUCUCACAGGAGUCAGCCCGUUCCUAACAUUGCAUCAUCAACCUGGCUUCUCUACAAUAGCACCGUCCUGUAUUCCUGGGAAACUACCAUUUGGAGGCCUCCUAUCGAAUUACGUGGGUGCCUCCGGUGGUACGCCAAGUGUUUUACCAAAUAUCCUUCUUAACAGUAGUAUGAUACCAAGUCCACAUAUCAGCCACUCACCCGUAAGAUUCACCUUUGACCCUGAUGUGGUUGAUAUGAGAAAAUCCAGUAUUGAUAACUUGCGUUUCAAAGCCAAAGAACAUUCGUCCACCAUGGACCAUAUUCCGAUGCUAGCUCAUGCACACCAGGAAUUGGCCAAGUCAUAAUUGAGAAGAAACAAUUUCCAUUUUAACCCAUCUCCCCAUCCGUUCCUUCCAUUUUGCUUUUCUUCUUCGUGUCUUUUUUUGCCCUUUCUAUUUACCCUGCACACACACACACACACACACACACAUACACACACACACUCACAUCAUACGUAUGUAGGUAUAUAGGUAU